CAGUCGUAGCUUAAUAUUCGAGUCGAGCGUGCGCAACAUACGCAGUUAACAGUUGGUCGUUUUAGGUAGCCAACCUGUUGCAUUUUUUUUUGUGUUUUGUUUUGUUUCAGUUGUGGAAAGUGCAAUAACGAUAACAACGACUGCGUCAGAUAAAAUCGAGUUGAAACAUAAACUCACCUGCUGCAGCAGCCACACAGAGCGUGUGAGUGGUGCGAGUGUCAUACAAAUUAGAAAUCUUUUGUUUAUUUAAUAAAUACGGCGAAAAAAAAAACACGACAAAAAAAACGAAAAACAAACAAAACGAGAAGAAAUAUCAAAAGGUAACGGGCAACAAGUGCUGUUAUUGUUGUUGUUGUUGUUGUUAUAGUUUGUGCUGUGCUGCUGCUACUGCUACCGUUGUGGUUGUUGCAGUAACUGUUGUUGUUGUUGUUGUUGUAGCAGCUCAUGAACAGCGGAAGCAGCUGCCGCGUGCUAGUUACAAUCACAACAAAUAAUUAACUCGUGAAACGAACGCAACGUGCCGCCGUUCUUAAAAUGGAUGCAGCUGCCAACAGCGCCAGCACCAGCACCAAUGUCAGCGUUGCCGUUGCCGUUGCCGUUGCUGGAGGCGCCACCGAAGACGAGACCAAAGCGAAGUUGCACAAACAAAACGCCAGCAUGGAGAAUGAUGAUGACGAUGAGCCGCAGGCGUUGCCAUUCUGUUUUGUUCGGGGCUCUGAUCCACGAGCGGCCACCUGUCGUGGCAAGUUGCAAAGUCGUCGCUGUAAACUGAACCAGGAAAUUAAUAAGGAGCUGCGCUUGCGCGCUGGUGCCGAAAAUCUAUAUAAGGCAACUACAAAUCGCAAGCUGCGAGACACUGUCGCUCUGGAGCUGAGUUUCGUCAAUUCCAAUUUGCAGCUGCUCAAGGAGCAACUGGCCGAGCUGAACUCAUCUGUGGAGAUCUAUCAAAGCGAGAGUCAUGAAGGCAUAAUGCCGAUGAUACCGUUGGGCCUGAAAGAGACCAAGGAAAUCAAUUUUAUGGAACCAUUUUCGGACUUUAUAUUGGAGCAUUAUAGCGAAGAGCCCUCCAUAUAUAUGGAUGCCAUAGCCGAUAUGACAGACACCAGACAGGCUUCCAAGACGCCAUCGCGUGACGCUCUUGGCGUGGCACUUCUAUUCCGUUAUUACAAUCUUUUGUAUUAUGUGGAACGGCGCUUCUUUCCGCCCGAUCGCAAUCUGGGCGUCUAUUUCGAGUGGUACGACUCGCUGACCGGUGUGCCCUCCUGCCAGCGCACAAUUGCCUUCGAGAAGGCCUGCACCCUGUUCAAUCUGGGCGCCAUCUAUACACAAAUCGGAGCACGUCACGACAGACGCACGGAACGCGGCCUGGACGCUGCCGUCGACAGUUUCCUUCGUGCUGCCGGCAUUUUCCGUCACAUCUACGACACAUUCACCAAUGCACCAUCGAUGGACCUAAAGCCGCAGGUGCUCGAUGUUCUUGUCUCGCUCAUGUUAUCCCAGGCACGCGAAUGCCUCUUCGAGAAGCUACAGCUACAGAUCGAGGCUCUGGGUCUGACGGAGUCCAGUCAUCUCUUUCGGGACUUGGCCGGCGAGGCGGCACAGCUGUCGCUGGAGUACAACGAGAUGCACAAGAACAUCCAAGUGAAUGACACGCACACCUAUCUGCCCGAGUGCUGGGCGGGUCUGGUGCCGCUCAAGGCCGAAUUGUACAAAGCGCUCGCACAUCAUUACGAGGCGCGGAGCAUUGAUGCCACUGUGGGCGAUGGCGACAAUGUCUCGCUGGGCACCAAAAAGAGCCAGACGGCAUCAUCGAACGAAUCAUUCAUUGGCAAUGCGCGGGAGGCACUGCGUGCCACCGAAGCCAGCAGCGAAUGCGAGGAGGAGAGCGUCAGCGCUGCUGCCAUUAAGCGCACCCACUUGAAAGAAGCUCUGGCUAGUCAUGAGGAGGCGCAGCGUUUGCAGCGCAUGUGCCGCUACCUGAAGAAUAAAACAUCACUCACGCAGGUCAUCAAGGAGGCCUACUACAAGACCCAGGAGGAAUAUGAACGAUUCUGCCUGCAAGCGCCGGUCAAGAACAUUGAGGAGUGCUAUGAUCUGAUUGAACGCACCGUGGAAGCAUCCUCGAAGUUUACGCUGACAUUGACGGGUCCGGACUUCACAUCGUACAAAGUGGAAGAUCCCUUUAAGCGACUGGGUCCCAUUGCAAUAUUCUCUGCACGUCGCCAUUGGACAGCGCCGCGUUGUGUGCGCCUGCAAAAGGGCUCGGCCAUAUAUCAUGAUGCUAGCAGCUACCAUUGCCACUGCCCCAGAGGCGAUGAGAGUCACGAGGCGGGCUGCAGUCUGUACAAGGAGGAACUAGAGAAUUUUGGUUUCCACGUGCGCGGCGAUGCGCCUGUGAUAAUAGCCCAUGUGGAAAUCAAUUCACUCGCGGAUCUGGGCGGCAUCAAGGAGGGCGACUUUAUUGUGGAAAUAGCGGGCAUGGAUGUCAAGUGGUAUUCGCAUCAGCAGGUGGUGCGGCUCAUACAAUCGUGUGGUGCAGCUCUGGAACUUAAGGUCAUUACGCCCAUGGAUCGUAAUUAUCUAAAGCCACUGUCGUCGAAGGGCUCCAUAUCAACGUUAUCGGCUGCCAGCUCGUCCGGCGUCUCAUCUGGCUCCUCCAGCCCCACGAGCACCACCACCAAGCCUAAGCUGCGGCUCAAGACCUCCGCCAAGACGCGUUUCGUGGGCAGCGUAUCCUCCAGUUCGUGGAAUCCCUUUCGACGCACACCGAGUCUAGCGAAGAUCUUUUAAGUGCUGUCAAAUUCAUUUGCACUGGGGAUUUCUUAUUUUAAGUUAUGCUUUAAUUUCCGCAGCAGUGGCCAUUAUUUUGCUUCAACGCAAAUUGGAUUUUUUUUUUUUAAUAUAUAUGAUACAUAUAUAUAUAUAUAUAAACAUGUACUUAUAUAUGCUAUUACCUAGUAGUCCCUGCUCCGGCCAAUUAUGACUUGGCAACUGUAGUUUUUAGCUAUGCCCCCACUGAAUUCCAUUUAUUUUCCGCCAGCAUGGAAAAUAUCUGUGAGAAUGCGAAUGUACCAGGCAUAACUAGCGGCAUUCCAUAUGUCUGCCUAUAAUAUAUAUUAAUGCAGUGCCCUCCCCCCCUAAACGGAAUUGGAAAUUCAGUAUAUUAUUUACAGACAUUUUGUGCAAAAUGUGUUUAACACUUGAGAGAGAAAUAGAGUUGACAGUAAGCGCCGUAUAUCCCAAAAAGUAUUUACAUAUUUCAUUAAAUGCAUGCAUGAAUACAAUAUGCAUACAUAUAUGUAUAUGUAUGUAUAUAUGCAUAUAUAUAAAUUAUGUAAUUUCGACCUACAACAUGCUAUGCAUUAUGUAUAUUUUAAAGUGUUUUAUCUAAGUGUAUCGACAUUGAGUUACUUUUACGCACAUUUCUAAUGUAUAUAUGUAUAUUAUUAAGUCACAAUUAUUUUGUAUACAUUUUAUAAAAGCCAUUUUAUACAACAAACAUACAUACUUAUGCACAAUACGUACAUAGUGGCACGUAUUGGCGAGUACAUAUUUUAUUGCAUUGAUAAAAUAUUUAUUAAUAAAUUUUUUUUGUGUGUGCAAGUCAA